CCUCAGCACGCACAGUGGAGCAGACGGCAACAGCCACACACACACUCCCCUCUCAGUUACAUGCACAGUCACACACAUACCACACACACACACUCAGUGACGGCUGCCAGGCACAGUGGGAAGCAAGCCGUCAGGGAGAGAGCUGGAGAAGAAAGAGAGGGAUCGCAGAGGGGAGGAGAAGAGAAGAAAAGAGAGUUGGAGGAGGCACCUUGUGGAUCAGAAGGGAUUUUCCUCUGGAUAAGGCUGCUGCUUCUUCCUGAGCAAGAGGACUUUUUGUCGAGGCUUUCUCUCUUUUGCUCAUCCUCCACGCCGGGCUCCAGCGAUAUCUACCUAUCUAUCCCCAGAGCUUAACAAAAGAGGGAGGGAGUGAGAGAGAGUGAGAAAAAAGGCAGUCACAGCUUCAGCUCCAGACCACCCUCUUUCCUCCUCCUCCUCCUCCUCCUCCUCAUCCUCAUCCUCUCCUCCAUCCAUGUGUGAGUUCAUCGCUGAUUCCACUGUCUUGUGAGAACAGAGCAGAGGACAGCGUGUGUUCUCCAGGAUUCAGCCAAGCUCCCGGUGGGAUCAGGGUCUCGUCUGGUGUCUGUGUGUGACAGAGAGGAAGAACGAGACAGAGUAAACGGAUACACAGGAAGAGAGAGAGAGAGAGAAAGACGAGAGAGAGAAGGAGAGACUGGAAAGCAAAUUGAAGGGGCAUGUUCAGGGCAGGAGAGAAGAAGUGAGUCUGAUUUCUUUUAGAUCGGAGAGUGCAAGGAACCGGCAAAGGAAUCCCAUCCAUUCCUUCCUUCCUUCUCCUCCUCAUCCUCUUCUUCUUCUUCCCUCUCCUUUUACCCUCUCUCCAUCCUGCUAUCAAAUCUCCCCUAUUGUUUCCUGCAUCGAGUCUGCUAUCCUCUCAUCUUGCCUCCAGACCCCUUUUUUUUUCUGCUGCCUCUCCAGAUUCCCUGUCUCUUCUUCCGGACCCAGGAGAAGGAUAGUUUUGUGAGGUUCCCCUGUGACCUCCCAGACGAGUAGACAGACUAACAUCCCGAGUACUAUCUCUCCUUCCAUCCGUCCCCUCCUCUUUGCAUUUUUCACACACCUCAGCAAGAGAGCGUCCUCCCGCUCCAUCCUCUGACUCUUGGAAACAGUCGUCUAAAGGAUCCAGGCAAGCCCUCUUGGAGUGAUCGUAUCCCACCUGCACGCUUCUAUCUCCAGCCUCGAGGACCUUCAUUUAGAUUCCAGCUACAUGGGAAAACGUUUGGAGCAGCAGCCAAUGUACCCCCACUACACCUACUACUACCCCCACUAUCUCCAGACCAAGCAGUCCUAUGCUCCUCCCCCUCCGCCCAUGGCACCGCCAAGUCCUGGCACCACAGGAGGAGGAGGAGGUGGAGGUCAUGGAGGAGGUCAUGGAGGAGGGCUGAUGGAGCAGCUUAGUAAGACCAACCUGUACAUCAGAGGCUUGCCACCGGCCACCACCGACCAGGACCUCAUCAAACUCUGCCAGCCAUAUGGGAAGAUUGUAUCAACAAAGGCCAUCCUGGACAAGAACACCAAUCAAUGUAAAGGCUACGGCUUUGUGGACUUUGACAGCCCUGCAGCAGCCCAGAAGGCUGUGGCCUCGCUCAAAGCCAGUGGAGUCCAGGCACAGAUGGCGAAGCAACAGGAGCAGGACCCCACCAACCUUUACAUCUCCAACCUGCCGGUGUCCAUGGACGAGCAGGAGCUGGAGAACAUGCUGAAGCCCUUCGGUCACGUCAUUUCCACGCGGAUACUGAGGGACGCCAACGGCCUGAGCAGAGGAGUCGGCUUUGCCAGGAUGGAGUCAACGGAGAAGUGUGAUGUGGUGAUCCAAAAUUUCAAUGGGAAAUUCUUGAAAACCCCUCCAGGCAUGACAGCCCCAGCAGAGCCGUUGCUGUGCAAGUUUGCUGAUGGAGGCCAAAAAAAGAGGCAGACCCAGGUCAAGUAUCCCCAGAAUGGCAGACCGUGGACACGGGAUGGAGAGAGUGGCAUGGCGUUGACGUAUGAUCCCGCUGCGAUGCAGAACGGGUAUUACUCCUCACCGUACAGCAUCUCCACCAAUCGGAUGAUUGCACAGACAUCAAUCACACCCUUCAUCGCUGCCUCUCCCGUCUCCACGUAUCAGGUCCAGAGUACAUCUUGGAUGCCACAUCAACAGUAUGUUAUGCAACCCACAGGUGCUGUCAUCACCCCAGCCUCGGCCAUGGAGCCCAGUUUGUCUCUUCACCCCUCCAGUGUCAUGGCUCCUCUCGCCCAGCAGAUGAACCACAUGUCUCUGGGCACCACAGGCACAUACAUGCCUGCUGCAGCGGCUGCUUCUAUGCAAGGAACCUACAUUCCCCAGUACACUGCAGUGCCUGCCUCUGCCAUCACAGUGGAAGGCGUGGUGACAGACGCUUCUCCCCAGACAGCCGCCCCCUCCUCGCAGGACGCCAGCGGGCAGCAGCCUUUAUCUGUGGAGAGCACAGGGGAUCAUGCCACGGCCUACUCUUACCAGCAGACUAAAUAAACAGAUCGGUGGGAUCGUUGCUGCGUUGCCUUCCAAAGGACUGCACUGAGGCGCUGGAGACACGGACAGAAUCAAGAUGAAACAGGGACAAAGGCAGGGAGGUGAGGGACAACACUGAGCGCAGAAUGCUUCCACUGUGCACAGGCACCAAAUAAAAGACAAAAGAUGAAAAAAAAAAAUCAAUUAUAUUUCUUACCUGGUCGAACCAAGAAAUGACGCUUCGCUGAACUCGAGGACGAUGAAAUCAAACACAGUCCGCAACUGUGAGUUUAUCAUUUCUCACCACGAGACCGGACUUUGCCUCCAAAGGAAAAUGAGAAGAAACUAAACUCAACCAACAAGCUGUACAGAAAAAAAAAGAACAUUUGAAUGUGCAGGUAGAUUUUCAGACUUUUUUUAUUAAAAAAAAUACGGAAGGAAGCAAAGUCUAGAAAAAAAAAAAACAGGUUGUCUUCCUUUGAUAUUAAGCUACAUUAUUUUCAUUCUUUUUAUUAUUUGAGUAGUUUUCUAGAAUAUCAAUGUUUUUCUUAAAUCUUUAUUGCCUUAAUUUUUUUCAAACUUUGGGGAAAAAAUGUUUCCAUAGCUUUGAAUUAUUAUUUUUAAAAAAGACUGAGUGAUUGAAUGAUUUAAGGGGUUCCUGGAGUUUUGGAGAACCUUGAAGACGAAAUCUACAAAGUUUUCUGUACAGGAUUUAAAAAAAAUAAGGUUGUAUUUGUAUGAAGAUGAUUUUAAAUUAUGUGGUGCGGUGCAGCUGGUGUUGGUCGAUAGGGUUAAAAAAAAAAAAAGCUUCUUAAAUGCGACUUGUGGAAAGGGUCAGUCCACUGCUCCCUGGAGUUUAGUUCCAUCAGGGGAUACAAGUUCUGUUUCUCCACGGCAUUUGUAUUGUUUUUGUUUUUGGGGUCUUUAUUACUUUCCAGAACUUUUUGCUUUGCCUGCUUUGCUUGUCUCACUGCAAAAAAAGAAAAAAGAAAAAAAAAAAUAGUAAUAUUUCUGACUUUGACAAAAAGCAGGAAAAAAACGUGCUAGGAUUUUUAAAUGUGCAACAAGCAAUAGUUUUAGAAAACAACUGUUGACAGUUUCUUUAGUCUUUCUUAACUGUUGAAGAAAACGCAGCCGACAGGUGGCAUAUUUUAUACCAAAGAUGAAGAAACUAAGUAGUGAAGAGAUCUUCCUUGUGUUGCGUUCUCUUUAUUUUUUCACCUCUGAAACAGAUUUUUAUUUCUUGCUUCUCAUGCUGUUGGUGUGCGAGAUGUUUUUGUUUUUUAUAUAUAAGUUAAUGAGAACACGCAGAAGGUGUUUAACACAAUUGCCUCAACCAGAAUCAGAGUGUUCGCUGAGAUGUUUCGUAUGUCAUGUGGUCUUAAGAUCUAAAGUGGAGCUGUAACAUCUGUUUGGAGACCAAUCACCCUGUGGUAAGGAGGAGAUAUUAAAAACACAACGUAUAUUUUUGGGAAUAAGUCGGUAUAGUUUAUUCAAGUGGUGAAAAGGCUGAAAAUGCAUCAUAUCCUGUGGAAUUCGGGAGUGUAAACACCAAGCACGCCAUCCUCAGGCUGCAUCGACCAAUCUCACGUCCUACAGGCCAUGACGCUGGCUGCUGUAAGUCAUUACGACGAUGUUCGAGUUAAUCAUCGUGAACGUCUCGGUGCACACAACAAACCGCUCGCUGUCUCGCCGAACAGAAGCCAUUUGAAAUGUGAGCAUGGCGAUGAAAUCUGUCGAAAAAAAGGGCAUUUCUGUUAAAUGAAAUCAUGUCAGCUUAUGUAUAUUCUCCUAAAGAAGAAUGUUUUCUUUUUUGUGUUGCCUUUGUUAUUUUUGAGAACUGAUUAUGAUAUGUGAGCUGCUAAACACUUUUCAGUAUUGGGGAUUUAAGGUUGUCUUAUGUUGGGUGGGUGUGGAAGAGGUGGUGCCGCCCUUGGAAUGACAAGUUUUACGGCGGGAUAUUGACGAUGGUGUGUACUGAAUAAGAAGGAAAUGGAUGAGAAAAAUUAAAAAAUUUAAAAUAAAAAGAACUAGCUCCGGGGUCACAACCGUAAAGCCCCACCCACCUGACUCUCCACCAAUGGAAGCUAGAGAAACAGGAGCAAACGUGAACGGAGAACGAAAGGUUCAACCAAAAUCGAGCGAUACAAACCUCUAAUGGAAAGUAAGUUAUUGAAAGAAGAGAGAGAGAGAGAGAGAGAGAGAGAGAGAGAGAGAGAGAGAGAGAGAGAGAGAGAGAGAGAGAGAGAGAAGGAAGCUAGAACAAAAGUAAUAUUUAUGAGAUCUUUUUUUUGUACAGAUGUGUAAAAGAAGAUGCAACAGAAAUAACUUUGAUGAUGCUAUUUUUUUAUUUGCUUGGUCACAUGCCUCCCAUGUCUUUCAAAUUGUGAUUCUGAGAGUGUCUGUAGAACCAGUGGAUAUUGCUGUAGUUCCAAAUGUCUUCUUUUUUCUUUUUUGUUUUCUUUUUAGACAAAUCUUUCAAUAAAAAAACUGUUUUAAACAGCCCAUA